CAUUCAUUUUAUUUUCAAAAGUAAUUGAUACAACAACACUGUUUCAUCCGGCUACCACAAAAUUCAAAACAAACAAAUUUUUCAUUUAUUUAUUUUUGUUCCGUGUUUUAAAAUCGACAAAAUUUUACAAAUUAAUCAAUCAAUUAUGGCAUCGAUUGAAUCAUUACGUUCACGUUUUAAUGAAGAAGUGGAUAAAAAUCCAUCAUUAUAUCAUCCGAUUGAUGUUGAACGUGUACGAACAGAAGAAUGGCAAGUAAAACGUUAUCUUGAAGAAUUUGAUAAUGAUGAAAAUCAAGCAUUUGAAUUGAUGAAAAAAUCAUUACAAUGGAAAAAUGAAUUCGGUAUACAUGAUCGUAAUGAUCAAUAUUUUCCAUUAGAAUUUUAUGAUUCAACUGAAUUUCUUGGCCGUGAUAAACAAGGACGUUAUGUACAAUUGGAAAUAUUUCGUAAUCAAUAUCAUUUAAAAGAAUUAACACUACUUUAUCGACAAUAUGUUGCACAUAAUCUUGAACGUAUUGAUCGUAUGGCCGGUGAAAAUGGUUUCAUUUUAUUAAUGGAUACAAAUGGUGCUGGUGUUUCAAAUAUCAAUUUGGAUCUUACUAAAUUUAAAUUAAGUAUCAUUGAAUUAUAUCCCGGAAGUUUGAAACAAUUUUUUGUAGUCGAUUUACCAUGGUUAUUGAAUCCUAUUAUGAAAAUAAUUGUCGGUUUUAUGGGACAAAAAAUUCGUGAAAAAUUAAGCUACAUUAAACGACAACAAAUAUUGGAAUAUAUGGAUGAAGAAAAUCUACCAAUAUCAUUGAAUGGUAAAAAAGAUAAAGCAAAUAUACCGGAUAAUCUUGAAAAAUUUGAAAAAUGUUUUAAACGUUAUGAUUUGGAUGAAAAAGUUGUUGAUCAAUAUUAUUCGACAAGAAAAAUUAAACGAUCCAAUUGAACU